AUGGUUAGUAUUAUUCAAUGGAUUCUAAAUGGAUUCUUAAAAAAACAGGAAGAGCUAAAACUCAUCGUCCAAAAUCACGAUCCCCAAAUUAUAUGCCUAAAAGAAACAAACUUCAAUGACAACUUCGCUACUCACCUCAAAAACUACGAAGGAUUCAGUAAAAAUAGAAGAGCAUCAAAAAGAGCCAGCAAUAUACGUAAAAUCGAACAUCCUAACCAAAGAGAUAAAAAAUAA